AUGGAGGAAGAGGACAGAAUGGAGGAAGAGGACAGAAUGGAGGAAGAGGACAGAAUGGAGGAAGAGGACAGAAUGGAGGAAGAGGACAGAAUGGAGGAAGAGGACAGAAUGGAGGAAGAGGACAGAAUGGAGGAAGAGGACAGAAUGGAGGAAGAGGACAGAAUGGAGGAAGAGGACAGAAUGGAGGAAGAGGACAGAAUGGAGGAAGAGGACAGAAUGGAGGAAGAGGACAGAAUGGAGGAAGAGGACAGAAUGGAGGAAGAGGACAGAAUGGAGGAAGAGGACAGAAUGGAGGAAGAGGACAGAAUGGAGGAAGAGGACAGAAUGGAGGAAGAGGACAGAAUGGAGGAAGAGGACAGAAUGGAGGAAGAGGACAGAACAGAGGAGGAAGGAGGGGGAAGGAGAGAAAUGAAGAAGGGAGGACUCUGCCAGGCUAUAUCUACUACCCUUGAAACCUUACCGGCGGAGAUCCGUAUUCAAAUCCUGCUGGCACUAACAGAUUUGGCAUCUUUACGUUCGUUGAUCCGCGCCUCCCCUUCGUAUCAUGCAAGUUAUCGAAAAGCAGGACGGCAAAAAGUUUUAACUGAAAUUGCCUUACAACAGCUGGAUCGUCGACUCUGGCCAGAUGCUCUUGCUGCCGUUCGUGCUGCGAGAUUUUACGAGACUCCUUCCCGAGAAUAUCAUCGCCAUCACCUCGAGGCACAGCGGGCGACUACCUUUAUCGAUGAAUACAGCAAGGUUCGUGGUGAUGACCCUAACUCGAAUGCAGAGUGGUUAUCUUGUCGCACUCUUACGGAGGCAGUCGAUUUGCUGAAUUUAGUUGAGGCAGUCAAGUAUGUCGCGGCCGACUACAGUCGGUCCGUUGCCUCCAAAAUGACCCUGGCACAACUGGUUUUGAAUAUAUCGCACAUGGAACAAUUUCGAAUUCACCGAGCCAUGUACCGCUUCCAGAUUUACUGCCAUUUUUUUGGUCGCAACCCAGUUCUGACCCUUCCGGACACCUCCGACCCCAACGAGGAUCGGCAUCCAAUUAAGCGAUUUCUUCCUUCCUUCGCGCCAUGGGAAAUUUUGGAGAUGGCCUGCAUCUGGCAUUACCUCAGCAGUCGAUGGGCUUCCAUGAUUCAUGAAGUCUCAGAUGUAAAAACUAAGACUGAAUCUAGAUCGCACAAGGAAACUGAUUUUGGGGACUCACUUUCAAACCUGGACAUUGCCAUACAUUACAGCGAUCCUUCUUCUUAUGGUUCCUCCCCAGAUACAAACGAUGAAAACUACAAAAAGCAUCUCGCUAAACAAAGACGUGAGUAUCUUGCCCAUAAAGGACCCCGCCACUUAGCCAAGGCUCUUGCAACUGGGACUUUUGAAAGGCGCCACCAUGCUGUUUACGAAGACUAUCCCGAGAGCCUAUUACUGCCAUUUGCAAAACUUGAUGAAUAUCCGAAUGAGCAGGAGGGUCUUAUACCUCCAGCUGACAAGUACCAGCAACAAGACAUCCUGGCGCAGUUAUCUACAAUGCCAGAGUCUGAGCAGCCCAGUCGUGGUUGGGAAUGGCUCUGUGAUAAAUACGACAUUGGCUCACUUGGAAUAGGUCCGACCGUAUGGCGUGAAUGGUGGAACAUACGUGAACGCAGUGGUGGACACGAGCUGAGGUGGGGGUUUCCUUUUUGGGAUAGGGAGAAGCUGGAAUCGUGGGGCUUGAUCCCAUCAUAA